AUGAAAAUUGUUGCCAUUGAAUUAUUACGUCAAAAUGGUCAAGGACAAGACCCGAUUAUUCUUUCAGCAUGUUUUGAAGUGUCAUCUUUUGGAUAUUUUCAACGCUCAGGUGUUCGAGAGAUGAUUAACUUCUUUAGUCGCACGUUUGUGAAGCGUACAGCGCUUGGCCAGCGACAAUCAAUUCAGCAUGAAGAGUACAAUUGUCAUGUAUAUGUCCGUCGUGAUGCACUGUCGGGUAUUGUCGUGUGUGACCAGGAGUAUCCACCGCGUGUAGCUUUUGCACUGCUUAACAAACUUAUGGACGAGUACAAUAAGACCAAUGGUGGCAGCUGGAAGACCCAGACGGGCAAUCCACAGGACUUUGCACCGAUGACGACAGCUUUGGCCGAGUAUCAGGACCCGUCCAAGGCCGACAAAAUCUCAGCUAUCCAGAAAGAAUUAGAUGAGACGACUGCCGUUUUGUCCAAGACUAUUGAUAACGUAUUGGAGCGUGGUGAGAAGCUGGAUGACCUCGUGUCCAAGUCACAAGAUCUCAGCAGCCAGUCCAAGGUGUUUUACAAACAGGCCAAGAAGACCAACUCGUGCUGCGUUGUCAUGUAA